AUGAUAUCCAUGAAGGCACCAGCCUCGAGGAAGAGCGAGAUGGGUACGGUGUGUAUCUUUGGGACAGGAGACUUUGGCCGCUCUUUGGGGAUGCGUCUUCUCCAGUCUGGUUACAGAGUUGUGUUCGGCUCCCGAGUCCCAAAGAGUUCCACUUUGCUGCCCCAAGGUUCAGAGGUCAUGACCCAUGCAGAAGCCGCUAAAGAAGCGCAGGUCAUUUUUGUGACGGUGCAACGGGAGCACUAUGACUUCUUGACCUCUCUGACCCCCAUUCUUCAAGGGAAGGUGCUGGUGGACGUCAGUAACAACCUGAAGAAAGGUCUUUACCCACAAUCCAAUGCUGAAUACCUGAGUAGUCUGGUACCCGGAGCAGCUGUGGUCAAAGCAUUCAACACCAUUUCAGCCUGGGCACUGCAGUCAGGGGGACUGGAUGCCAACAGACAGGUCUAUGUGUGUGGAGAUCAGCCUGAGGCGAAACAGGCAGUGGUGGACGUCGCCCACAGUCUGGGUUUGACUGCCCUGGACAGGGGCUCCCUACGAGCGGCCGGAGAAGUGGAGGAUAUUCCCCUGGAGCUCUUCCCACUCUGGAGACUUCCUCUAGGCAUCGCCACAGGCCUGACUGCCUUCUUCUUCUUCUACCUUCUCAUACGCGACGUCAUCUACGCACGAGUCGAAAAAGGAACAGACAUCUCCUACCGUAUCAUCAUCUCCCUGGCCAAUAAAGUCUUCCCCAUCGUCUCCUUGGUGAUGCUGUCGCUAUGCUACCUGCCGGGUGUCAUCGCGGCGUUCGUGCAGCUUUACAACGGCACCAAAUACCGCCGCUUCCCUGAUUGGUUGGAUCGCUGGAUGCGGUGCAGGAAGCAGUUGGGUCUGUUGGCGUUGGGUUUCGCUGUUCUUCACGUUCUCUACACUUGUGUCAUCUCGAUCAGAUACAACGUUAAACAUCAGAACAACGCAGACCUUAUAGCACAAAUCAAAAACAAUGAAACAUCUGAACUGGACCUUACUGAGGCGUGGGGGACUGAUUCCUUCCUCACGCUCGGGAUUCUGGGAUUUGCCCUCUACCUUUUGUUGGGAAUAACAUCCAUCCCGUCUGUUGGCAGUAGCCUGAACUGGAGGGAAUUCCGCUUUGUCCAGUCCAAAUUGGGCCAUUUGACAUUGCUGGUUUGCACAGCGCAUGGUCUGCUAUAUGGAUGGAAUAAGUUCCUGAAAGUUUCCACGUACAAGUGGUACACCCCUCCCGGCUUCAUGCUGUGUCUGGUGAUACCAUGUUCUGUUCUGGUUCUGAAGAUGAUCGUUAUCUUGCCAUGCGUGGACAGACCCCUCACCCGUAUACGGCAAGGCUGGGAGAGGAAGAGGAGGGUGGUCUCUCACGAAAAAGACAUUUUGGACUCUCAGUUUUGA